CCUAGAAGAAAAAGAUCAUAUCGAAAUAAAAGAGGAAGGAAAAUCGCUGCAAAAUUUCGCCUGAACGUGGUCGGAGUUUUCAGAAAGAUAUUGUUGGUUGCCUGGCUGUGGUGGCAGCAUCUGCAGGGUCUCCCACUGUAUUGUCCCGGCUUCGAGGAUAGUGUAUGCUUACUGUCAUUGCUACGAAAACACGACAUGAACUGCUUCAAAGUGGUCAGCUUAAUAUGUUGCGCAUCCGGUAUUUUGGCUGACCAACUUCCGCAUCCCCUUCAACUGUUUUACCUAACUCCUAACAACGUGGGGAUAAUACCGUCAUAUCAAGCCGCUAGCAGCUACAUGAGAGCUGCAGGUGAGAAGUCCUCUGAUGUUCACACGAAACAGCAUCUAGGGAACGAGGAGUUAAUCGAAGGGGAAACUUCACAGUUCCACUCGCAGGACGGCAAGGGCCGAGCCCUUUUCGGCUACACGACACCUGUUCAGGCUCGAAUAGAGUCUCGAAGUGAGGACGGCACUGUUAGAGGCUCCUACAGCUAUUUGGAUGCGUGGGGACACGCGAUAAAGGUGCAUUACUGGGACGAUGGUACGGGUUUCCAUGCAACAGGAAACAAUCUCCCUGGCCUGUACUCAGAAGUGCCCCAACCGAUUCAAGACACUCCCGAAGUGACAGCAGCAAAGGAGCAGCAUUUUCAGCUUUUCCAACAAGCACUUGCAGCUGCUGUCGCUUCAACGGAUGAAACGGAUCCAAGCAAGAGCCAGAAACCUCAGCAAACACAUUCAGAGCAGGAACUCGAACACGAGGGAGUGGUUGUCGAAAGUGACGAUCCUGGCACUGUUGCCGACGACGAUUUGAAUGAAUUGACACGAUACCCUAAUCUUCAUAUGUUUCCUCAGAACCUCUUUGAUCCCACACAUGUUCAUGAUGCUAAUAGAGAGGCUGUUAUUGUGGACAACCCCAGUAUCACCCCAGAUACAUCUGGAAAUAAUCUUAGAGCUGCCAAAACCUUGCAGGUGAAGUCUGCAGAGGAACCGACUGGAGUUACGGAAGGAAUGGCACAAUUUCAUGUACCCGGUGGAUUUUUUUAUAGUUUUAGUUAUCCUUUCCCUUUGUAUGUCCAAGUUAGGACUACGGAGGAAGGAACAAAAAACUAUGAAGAAAAUAAGGAUGCAGUAACUGUCAAAGAUGAUUUAUCGGUGUCACAGAAGGCUGUUCUCUUUGGUGCAAUUCCCAUAGCUGCUGUCCACGACGCACAGGUCCCAUCUCGCUCGAAGGAUUCUAUAAAAAAUUAUCAAGUUAUGCCCUUGUAUGUUGAAAUUUCCGACUAAAAAUGUGACAGUAAUGAGUUAGGCCUAUGGGGUUUAUUAAUGAUAUGAUUCAUCUGCAAGAUUACUGUCAUGUUUUGAAUUGUAGAAUAUUUUAUACUUGGUAAUCACUCUUGUUGAAUUUGUGAUACUAAUAUUUUGUAUGUUGCGAUGUGCUACUCAGGAAAAUGAAUCACUCAAUAUGAGCUUUUGGAUUGUAAUAGCGUCCUAAAGGACUGGAUGUUAUUUCGGAUAAUGUCAGAUUAUAUAGAUAUAAUUGUGUGCAAAUUAAGAAUUAAGUUAGCAUAACUUAGAUCUUGUAUUCGAUUAAAUAUCCUUUCACAGCCAAAAAGAUUAUUGUUAUUUACGGACGGAUGCAUUCGUCUCCAAAGUUAAGCUUCUUAAAAUACACCUGAGUAAAUACUUAUUUUUAAUUUGCAGAAUCUUUUUAUAUUCAUAAGGGCUUAUGCCGCUGCGGUGACGUGUAACUUGUUUUUUCAGCACCGCGGUUGAUGUUAAGAGUGAGUUGCUGUAUUUCCGGUAGUUCCAGAAGGAUAAAGUACACCUAGCAUGUAGUAACAGGUAAAACUAUCCCUGUAACAGGCCGUGAAGGUACAUAUGAUUGUGAGACAUCGAGCUUCCCAUAUUUUCUC